AUGGGACGGAAACCUAACCCUGUGAUUGGGGAGUAUUUCACUCGGGGCCCUAAACUUGCAGACUCCAGCAACCGUUACCCGCACACAUGCAAGCUGUGCGGCGAAAACUUCCCCAAAGGCCGUGGUGAAGUCUUGCAUAAACACAUCACAGAGAAGUGCCCUGCCAUCACCCCGGAGGAGCGCAUCAACGCCGCACUCGGGUUCGCAGGACUUCAUUCUGGUUCUUCAGCACCCCGGUCAAUGAAUCUCACCGUCAACCAGCUCGACGCCGCUGCGGCGGAAGCCACACCUGAGGCACCGGAAAAUUGGUCCGCCCUCCGCACCCUUGCCGAAGCCUCUCGUCAAGUCGGGGAAAAUGAAAUGGGCGCUCCUUCGGUUUCCGGUCGCGAUGCGUCCGAGUCGGUUGUGCGCCAGCUUGGAAUCGGCUUUGAGGUUCAAGAGCAGUUCACCUUAGAAAACCCACCUGUGAGCUAUGAUAACCGACCUGGUCGUGAGCUUAAGGAGUCCACGUCCAAUGACAGCACCAAUCCUCUAAGUUACCUCACUACUGAGGAGAAGAUGGAACACCUUCAAGCUGCGACUCAGCAACAAAACCAACUUCCCCUGGAUUCCUCGGAUCUAUCGGUUGCUGUCGCUGCGACCGCGCGUCUCACCAACUCCCUCAUGGACCCCCAAUUGACUACCGAGCCUACCGAACCUCAGGUCUUGAGUCCCGUCAUGUCGCCAACCGAAUCUUGCAAACCAGAGCCUCCCGUCAUCAACAACUCUAGCCCUGCUCUACCGCAGCAACUUCAACAGCAGCAGCAGCAGCAGCAACAGCAACAGCAGCAACCUCAACCGCCUCAACAGCCCUGGGGUGAGAUGACUUACAUGACUACCAACCACAACCCCACUGUUGCGACUCAUGUGGCCCCUAUUGCACCACCCAACAGAGGCGGCACGAGAAUGCCGAUUGGAAACGGGACCCAGAGCGAGCACAAGCGCAAGGCUUACAAUCCGGCUCGGCGUAAGGAAGUCCAGGCUGCCCGCAAGAAGGGCGCCUGCAUCAGAUGUCGCAUCCUCCGCAAGACGUGUGGCACCAACGACCCCUGUGACCAGUGCCGAAAAAUCCAGGGACCUCGUCAUUGGACCUAUCCUUGCGUUCGCACCCGUCUUAACCAAGAGCUGACUCUCUACUCGGCCGCCUUGAUAGUGGUCUUGGCGCAGACUAGAGUAAAGCACGCUCGACAAAACUACCAGUUGCUUUCAAACGGCACCUCUCUUGUCGUUUCCCUGUGGGAGGACAGUCCAAGUCUGACACUUGCCGCACUCGUCACUCCACGACCUCAGCAACCUGUCGCCGAAGAUUCGGAACAGGCCAAUGCAGACAUCAAACCAGUCUUUCAGGUCGUCAUGAUCGACCAAGACAAGGAGGAUCUUCCUGCCCGCAUGGAGGAUUUUCUGAAGUCCAUCCUGCCGACCCUGAUCCAGCGCGAGCCGUCACACUUUAUGCAAGUUGUCUUGGAGGCUGCUCAGAAGUUCCCCCAGGAAAAGAUGACCGGCAAGAACCUGAAGCUGGCCAUAGAGCUCUGGGGUCUUAUUGAGAUCCUCGACCGGGAACGCGGGUGGUACAUUGCCGAAGAGCGUGAUGGCGUCGUGUCGCCUCGUGGCCCCGAGGAGUUUGCUGGAAGCGACGACCAGGACAUCUACAACUUGAUCACUUUCCAGCUGUCCGCGGCGACGGAGCGCAAGGCAAACAACGUGUCUAACAAGCUCAUCAGCGAGCUUCAGCGCUGCCUGGAGAACGGCAAGGCCCGUAUCAACUUUGACGUCUACCUCUCGAUCUUGAUUCUCCUCCACUGUCUCGAGAAGACGACCUGGACCUUCAAGGUGUGGGAGAUGGACGAUUUCCGUCAGCGUUGGCCCCUCGACCGCCCUCCCGCCAUGUACGUCAACCAGGGUCGAGAAAUUGCCGACCUGCUCAAGAUGCUCCUGACUCUCCGAAAGGCCCACCCAAAGACGUUCCGAACCCUUGACGGGCGUCUCGGUGUUAUUGAUGUUGGCGACUCCGACUUUGUCAUGAUGGCCGAGUUUUUUGAAGCUUUGAACCUGGACUAUGACGAUGUUGUCCAGAAGCUGGAGACAUGUGCCUUUAGUCCUGAGACGUCCCGGUCUCUGGAGCUUCAUUUCUGCAGUCAAGUAUUGCUCCCGCCAAAGGAGGGCGACCACAGUCACCAUGUCGCUGCUGCGUCAAGUUCUGGCCAUAGCACACCGCCGCCACCACCACCCCCUCCUCCAGGCCCCAGCCCUGACGCUGGCCCUACCUCCCUGGCCUCACCUCCCACUUCCUCCCAGCCGCUGCUGCCACCGUCUCUGCCAUAG